AAUUUGAAAUUAUUUCUUUUAAUAUAAAACAGUUUGGUAAAUGAGCUAAUGAUAUCAUGCUUCAUAUCAUGAUUUUCAAUCAAGAAAUCACUUUUCCAGUGUCUAAUUUCUCUCCAAAUACAUAUAUCAUUUGCUUCUUCUAUGUUUUAUGUAAUAUGUACAGUUUUGUUCCAUCAUGUUUACAACGAACGUGCCUUUGCAAUGGAAAUCAUCUGUGAAAACUUCCAAGUAUUUAAAAGCCUUAUCUCUUUCACGCAAGCAACGUGCUUAUCAUAUAUUUAAAAAAAAAAACAUUCAUAACAGACACGCUCCGAUCUUUUCGCAAAGGUUUUUAUUUGCGAGGAUCAAAUUCAGCAACAGAGAUCGAUUUUCGAGUUUUUUAUAAAUUUUGUUCCAAUAAUUUGCCACGCUGGGAAUAAAUCGGUUUCCCUUAAUAUUUAUUAUUAUUAUGAAUUAUAAUUAUCGUAUUUUUUACGUGAUAUGCAGGCGAAGGCAGGACCAAGGUAUCCAAGCGGAUCUCUGGCGCAAGAGGAAAAUUAAAAAAAGAAUCGAGAUCAAAAAUCAAGACGAAGGGGCUCGGUCGAGGGCGCCGAUCGGGCUUGUCACGGUUCUGCGUGACGACGAGAGAAGCGUCGAGGAGCUCGCGUACGGCGUUCAGUUCAGUUCUCCGUGAUCGCUCGAUCGAGUGGGAUCGGGCGAGAUCCGCUGGCACUCGUUGCCGUCGCGCUCUCGCGAUCGUACCCUCGACUGGAAAAAAAGAGGAGAAGAAAAGAAGGAUCGUACGUCACUGAAUAUCGCGACGUCGCGACGUCGCGUCCUCCAAGGGAGACGGAGUAAGAGAUAUCCAUCGGGGAGGGAAAUCGACGAUAAUGAUUCAGCGGAUUCCUGCGGAUUGAAUAGAUCGGUACGUCGGAUCAUCGGCUAUCAGACAUGCGUUGGUUUCGCGGCCACGCCGAGGCACCGAGACUCCUGCGCCUAAGUCCCCUUCGUGCCGAUGAAGACGUCAACGAAGCGUCCUACCAUUUCCGUGCGACGUCUCGAUGCAGAGACAUAUCGCCGGUGCGAUGGGCACGGAGGAAAUCGUCGAGUUCCGAAUCCGAGAGGAAUUGCUAUAACGUGCAGACCUCCCAAGUGACGACCGAGCGCGCUCCUAAUAAGAAGGACAAGAAGAGGAUCCAGGAGGAACGGCGGCGAGUGUGCGAGAAGCGGAAUCCCCUGCUGGAUCGCGUCAAGAGCACCAGACUGAGCUUCUUCAAGGACCGCGAGGACUCCGACGAGGAGGACGGCGACGACGAGGAGGAGGCGGGACGGGGCGUCCAGUUUCGCUCGAUGUGCGAGCUGAGGCAUCGCGGCCUGACGAGGAACGAGUUUCGGCGCUCGGUCUGCGAGUCCGACCUGAAGGACAUCACGGAGGAGGGGAGCGGUCACGCGAAGAGGAAGAGACGGGCCAAGUCGCAGAGCAGGUUGCCGUACAAAAAGCAGCAGGAAGAGCGAUUCUCCUUCCUGGGCUUCCGCACCUCGACGCCCCGGAAGCAGUCCGAGUGGCGGCCGAAGGAGGGGGACUCGCUCCGGGAAGACGCUAUGCCCCACGACUAUCAAUGGGAGAGGGCCGAGCGGGGUUUCCUCGAGGCGAACCGCGUUGGUCCCGAUCGAUCCACCGAUCGGGAAACAAACGUGGCCGAGCCGGGGGUUCCUAAGCACGCCGGCGGCGAGGCGAUCUUCAAGAAGGACGCGACGGCGUUCGACAGCAUCACGCCGUCCAGCUGUCUGGCGGCGAAAUUCCGCGCGAUGCAGGAUAGGUAUUUAAAGAGCUCGACGAACAGGCUGAUCGCGAAGAUCUACAGGAAGGACUGCAAGGACCGGGAGAGACGGAGGCUGCGCAGCUUCUCGUACGGCACGCUGCCGGGCCUCGAGGAGUUACGAACGAAUCCGCUGUACGAGGAUCAGGAUCAGGACGACAACGAUUCCGGGAUCCUGGAUAACGAUUCCGCCACCAGCUCUCUUCUGGAUGACAGAUGUAGCAGCGGUGCUUCAGGACCGCUCAACAAUAGCGGUCAUAACGACUCCUGUCUGGGAUCGCCCCCUCAACUUCCGCCCAGAAGACCCUUCUCGGCCGCGACGGAUGUCGACGGGACCGCGCGACUCUUCGCGACUCUGGACAUUUAUCACGACAGAGCCAAAGACAAGGACUCUGGAAUGAGCCUCGCCGAGGAGUAUUCGAGUAACGUUUGUCAAGCCGCAAACGGUACGUUGAUAGAUCGUCAAACGGCUCGAGUCUCUGUGGAGAACAAUAUGGAUCGCGACAGAGAAGAAGGGACCGUGGACGAAGAUUUCAGGCGGAAGCAACGCAGCUCCGGUUUACAGGCGAUAAGAAGUAGACCCUACAUCACGGAGACGAUGGUCGUGAAGCUUCCCAAAGAGACCGCUGAUCAAUGUCUGGGUAUCUUCAUCGCGAAAACUGCGGAGUCCAAUCCGGGUUACUUGGUAGCUCACGUAGUCCCGAACGGAUUGGCCGAUAAGGAAGGUACUCUCAGGAUCGGUGACGAAAUUCUGAUUGUCAACGGGAAGAGAUUACGCGGUCUGAGUAUGGCAGAGGCUAGGAAGAUCCUGGGUAACGGCAGCGGGCCCGGUGACAUCGACAUCGUUGUCUCGAGGUUCUCGGGCGUCGAUCAGCAGGCGAAGAAAUUGAAAGAGAGCAGUGUGGAUUACGAGAACGUUAGCAUGGAAGACGGUCACGGAGUGAUCGUCGAAAGUUCACCCGGAUCGCAUCACUUCAGGAAGCAUCAGAUUAAAUCUCACCGAGAUAAGAAGGACGAAUCCAGCAGAUCGAUUUCAUCCGAGAAAUUCGCGACGAAUAUGGAUAACGGAUUCACGCAAAACGUCUCGAAGUUUUGCACUCUUCCCCGAAGACCGAGGAACACGAUAUCUACAUUUCUUACGGUACUUUUCGAGAAAGGAAUCGGAAAGAAAUCGUUGGGAUUUACCAUAGUUGGCGGAAGAGACAGUCCGAAAGGAAGUAUUGGUAUCUUUAUAAAAUCGGUACUGCCCGGCGGACAGGCCGCCGAAGAUGGCCGUUUGCGUGCAGGAGAUGAGAUUUUGGCUGUGAAUGGCCAAGUCUGCCACGACUUGACGCAUCGUGAAGCCGUACAACUUUUUCGGAAUAUUAAAAACGGACCGAUUGCUUUGCAUUUGUGUAGACGCGUGAAAAAUCGUGAAACACAAAUAUCGAAAGCCAAGUCGUGUGCGGAUCUUUUGCUGAUUGACACGUGAGAAUGAUAGCUAUUGAAAGAGAGACAGGCAGCAAUGCAGAUUAUGUAAAAUAUCAUGUAUAUACUGUACAUUUUUCAAAAUCGUUAGUAAUAAAAACAAUAAUUUAAUAAUAAUUAUUUAAUUAAUAAUGAUCUAAAUAUGAUAUCUCUAAAGAACAUCCUCUUUAUUGUCCUCUAUGAUUAAAAAAUGUUUAUAAUGUAUUCUACAUUGUCAUAAUGUUACUCGUAUAAAAUCUUAUGUUAAAGACGUGGUAAUACAAUAAUUAUAAUAUUAUCAUAAUCAACGCGAGUAUCCUAAUAAUAAUAAAAACGAUUAAUCUAAUUAUAAUAAGAUCAGGCAGUUUCGAGAUAUGUCGCGCGAAAUAAAUUAUGUAAG